CGCGGGGAACACAGGAGGGCUCGCAAAGGCUCGACAGGCGCGCAUGCGUGCAGCUCUUUGGAGGCGGUAGCUUCUUCGGCGUCGAGAGUGGAGGCUGAGUGCUAAAUCGUGUGGGGCGCAAACGGGAUUCGCCUGUUAGUCGGCUUUGUGUUAUUCUUGGAAAAUUUCGCACCACUUGUGAAUUCCUUGAACCUGGGCAUUGCAAACCCACUUCUGUUGGGCCCAUCUCCUUUGCACUUUGCUCAGAUUAAGACUCAGUUGGCGCUUCAGCAGCUGAAUGCCGUUGCCUCACAUAGUUCAACACCACCUUAUACUUUAUUAAAUCAGGCUUUUUUGAAAAUAGCCAUGUCGAGACCCAGGUUUAAUCCUCGAGGAAACUUUCCACUUCAGAGGCCACGAGCACCUAACCCUUCUGGGAUGAGGCCUCCAGGACCAUUUAUGAGGCCUGGAUCUAUGGGUCUCCCAAGAUUUUACCCAGCAGGGAGAGCCCGUGGAAUUCCACACAGAUUUGCUGGCCAUGAAUCUUAUCAGAACUUGGGACCACAGAGAAUGAAUGUUCAGGUAACUCAGCACCGAACUGAUCCAAGAUUGACCAAAGAAAAACUGGAUUUUCAUGAAGCACAACAAAAGAAGGGGAAACCUCAUAGUAGUCGGUGGGAUGAUGAGCCUCAGAUAUCUGCAUCAGUGGGAGUGAAACAGAGUUCUGUAACACAGGUUACAGAGCAGAAUCCUAAAGUGCAGAACCGCUAUACAAAAGAGAGUGCCUCAAGUAUCUUAGCAAGUUUUGGAUUAUCUAAUGAAGACUUAGAAGAACUCAGCCGCUAUCCUGAUGAACAGCUAACUCCUGAAAAUAUGCCAUUAAUUUUGAGGGAUAUAAGAAUGCGAAAAAUGGGGCGCCGAUUACCUAAUUUACCUUCUCAGAGCAGAAAUAAAGAAACACUUGGUAGCGAGGCAGUUUCAAGUAAUGUGAUUGAUUAUGGGCAUGCAAGCAAAUAUGGCUACACAGAAGAUCCACUUGAAGUACGUAUUUAUGAUCCUGAAAUUCCAACUGAUGAGGUCAAGAAUGAAUUUCGGUCCCAGCAGGGCAUUUCUGCAUCUGUUCCUGCACCAAAUGUUAUGUGUAAUUCUAUGUUUCCUGUUGAAGAUGUGUUUCGACACAUGGACUUCCCCAGUGAGUCCUCCAAUAAUCAGACCUUUUUCCCAGUUGAGAGUGGAACCAAGAUGUCAGGCUUACGCAUUUCAGGAGGACAGUCAGUCCUUGAACCUGUAAAAUCUGUCAGCCAAUCCAUUAGCCAAACAGUUAACCAGACAAUGAGUCAGUCUCUGAUUCCUCCAUCUAUGAACCAGCAACCUUUUUCAUCGGAAUUAAUUUCAUCUGUAAGCCAACAGGAACGAAUCCCACGUGAGCCUGUGAUUAAUUCACCUAAUGUGCGUGGAUCAGGAGGAAGUAAAAAGAAUUACCAGUCAGAGGCUGACAUUCCCAUUCAUUCUCCCUUUGGGAUUGUGAAAGCAUCCUGGCUACCAAAAUUUUCACAUGCUGAUGCCCAGAAGAUGAAGAGACUUCCAACUCCCUCAAUGAUGAAUGAUUAUUAUGCAGCGUCUCCAAGAAUAUUUCCACAUUUGUGUUCUCUGUGUAACGUAGAAUGUAGUCAUUUGAAGGAUUGGAUUCAGCAUCAAAAUACAUCUACUCAUAUUGAGAGCUGCCGACAGUUACGUCAACAAUGUAUCUCUCUGAGGACCACUUGGUACAAUGUAAGGGGCACCAUUCAUGUCCCCUGGAAUUCUGCAAAAUAUCCUGAUUGGAAUCCUGAGAUCCUCCCAUCAAGAAGAAAUGAAGGCAACAGAAAAGAAAAUGAAACUCCAAGAAGACGUUCUCAUUCCCCCAGUCCUAGACAUUCUAGGAGAUCAAGCUCAAGUCACAGAUUCAAUAGAUCUCGAAGCCCUAGACAGUCUAGGAGAUCAAGCUCAAGUCACCGAUUCCAUAGAUCUCGAAGCCCAACACGUUAUAUGUAUAGACCAAGAAGUCGAAGUCCAAGAAUUUGCCAUCGUUUCAUUGCUAGAUUCAGAUCUAGAUCCCGUUCACCAUAUAGAAUGAGAAAUCUGUUUAGAGGCAGUCCAAAAAGCUAUCGAUCAGUUAGCCCUGAAAGGACAUUAAGGAGAUCAGUGAGAUCAUCAGAUAGAAAAAGGGCAUUAGAAGAUGUAGCACAACGACCUGGGCAUGUGUCAGAAUUCAAUAAACAGAAGCAUCUUGAAGCAGUUGAUAAAGGACAGUCACCAGCACAAAAACCUAAAACUAGCAGUGGAUCAAAAUCAUCAGUUAAGUCUAUAAGCUCUACAAAGAAUGACUCAAAUUUAGGAGAGUAUUCUACUCGUUACAAAUCAAAGAAUCUUGAAGAUGGCACCUUACCAGAAUGUAAACAGGUGUCUGAUAAAGCCGUUUCUCUCCAGCGUAAGCUUCGGAAAGACCAGCCUUUGUAUUAUGGUUCAGUUCUUCUUAUAUCUGAAUUACCAGAGGAUGGCUAUACUGAAGAAGAUAUUAGGAAAAUAUUUCAACCAUUUGGAAAAGUUAACAAUGUCCUCAUUGUUCCAUAUAGAAAAGAGGCUUACUUGAAAAUGGAAUUUAAAGAGGCAGUUACUGCAGUCAUGAAGUACAUUGAAACAACACCUCUUUUGGUAAACGGGAAAAAUGUGAAAGUAUGUGUUCCAGGAAAGAAAAAAGUACAGAACAAAGAAGUGAAGAAAAAGACAACAGAUUCAAAGAAAACAUCUGCAUCCGCUUUAAAAAAAGAUACAGAUGCUUCCAAAACUGUUGAUACUGUGACUUCAGCUUCUGCUCCCAAAACUGGACAAUCCAAGACAUCUGUAGCCAAAGUGAAUAAAUCUUCAGGGAAAUCGGCAGGUUCUGUAAAAUCUGUUGUAACAGUAGCUGCUAAAGGUAAUAAAGCUUCAAUCAAAACAGGAAAAUCUAUUGGAAAGAAGUCUCUAGAUGUCAAAAAGGCAGGCGUUGUCAAAAACAAAGAUACCAGUAAACCUGUGGCUGUACUGGCAAACUCUGAAAUAAAGACCGGUGGGGAAGUCAAAGCCACUGAAAAUAAUGCUAAAGAAACUAUUUCAGAAGCUGUUUUGGUGGCCACAGAAAAUGAAACGAUUAACAAGGAAACAGAGGAAAUGUGUGUGGUACUUAUUUCUAAUUUGCCAAAUAAAGGAGAUUCUAUAGAAGAAGUUUACAACCUAGUAAAACCGUUUGGGGGUAUAAAAGAUGUUUUGAUUUUAUCAUCUCAUGAAAAGGCAAUUAUAGAAAUAAAUAGAAAAUCUGCAGAUUCUAUGGUAAAAUUUUAUACCUGCUUCCCAAUAUCAAUGGAUGGAAAUCAACUCUCAAUAAGUAUGGCUCCUGAAAACAUGAAUGUAAAAGACGAGGAAGCUAUAUUUACAACCUUGAUUAAAGAAAAUGACCCAGAGGCAAAUAUAGAUAAAAUUUAUAAUCAAUUUGUACAUAUUGAUAACUUACCAGAAGAUGGACUUCAGUGUGUACUUUGUAUUGGACUUCACUUUGGAAAAGUGGAUCACCAUGUAUUCAUGAGUAAUAAAAACAAGGCAAUUCUUCAGUUAGAGAGUCCUGAAUCUGCACAGUUAAUGUACAACUUUCUGAAACAAAAUCCGCAGAACAUAGGUGACCAUGUAUUGACCUGCACAUUAUCUCCAAAGAUGGACUCAUCAGAGGCUCAAGCCGUGAAAGACCAAGAACUAGGAAAAGAAAGCCCAGACUCGAAAAACAGUCCAGUUGACGAAAGUGAGGUGCAAACAGCAGCUGAUAGUCCCUCUGUUAAACCUAGUGAAGUUGAAGAAGAAACUAUUCCCAACAUUCAAACAGAAACUUCCAUACAACAAGAAGAGCCUUAUGAGGAAGAACCUGAAAAAACACUGUGUGACUCUGACUUUGCUUUUGAAACGUUGGAAGUUGAAACUCAAGGAGAGGAGGUCAAAGUGGAAAUUCCUCUGGUAGCAUCUACUCCCACCAAUAUUGAGUUAUUUGCUGAAAAUGUAGCGGAGUCUGUUUUAAAUCAGCAGGUGUAUACCAGUGUCUUUGAGAAGGAAGAGGCAGAAAUGAUUAAUCCUGAAAUAGAGCUAUCAACAUCUGACAAUGCAUUUAUUGAAGAAAGAAACAUCCAAGGAAUUCUAGAAGAAUCUCCAUCUGAAGCAGAAGAUUUCUUUUCUGGGAUUACACAGUCUAUGAUAGAAGCUGUAGUGGAAGUGGACAAACAUGAAACUGUUUCAGAAAUAGUACCAUCGACUUGUAUUGUGGCCUUGGAACCAGGAAUUUCUACUGGAGAUGAGAAGGCAGUGAGUAGAAAAAGAAUUUCUGAAAAAAGUCACAUAGAUGAAAAGGAGGAGAAUGAAUUUAAUGCUAAGGAUACAAAAAUGGACUUGCACAUAGGAACAGAGAAGGCUGAAAAGAGUGACUCUAGGAUGGUUGCAGAGAAGUUGGAAAAGAUAGUGGCAGCAGUGAAAGAAAAGCCUACAGAAAACACUGUGAUCAAGGUAUACCCAAAUAAAGGAGUAGGUCAGGCUAGUAAGCCUGAUGAAACUAAUAAAACUAGUAUGCUGGCUGCAUCAAAUGUACCUAGCAGUAAGUCAAGCAUCAAGGCAAGUAUGGUCUCUUCUCCAAAGGGAAAAACUACAGUUUCAAAAUCUGAAAACCAGAAAAGUUUUCUAAAAUCUGUAUUCAGAGAUCAAAUAAAUGCUGAAAAGAAACUUUCAGCCAAGGAAUUGGGUCUGCUUAAACCUACAAGUUCCAGGUUGGCUGAAAGUAGCAGUAAAUUCAAACCCACUCAGAGCAGUAUUACCAGAGGAGGCAGUGGAAGGUUCUCAGCCCUGCAAGACAAGGAUUCUAAAUUGGAUUACAGGGAUAUUACAAAACAGUCUCAGGAAACAGAGGCUAGAACUUCGAUCAAACGGGAUGACAGCAACAAUAAGACUUUGGCUGGGCAAAACAUUAAGAAUCCUAAAAGCACCACUAGUAGAAGUUCCAAGUCUAAAGAGGAACCAUUAUUUCCAUUUAAUUUGGAUGAAUUCGUUACUGUGGAUGAGGUUAUAGAAGAAGUGAAUCCUUUGCAAGCCAAGCAGAAUUCACUAAAGGGAAAAAGGAAAGAGGCUCUCAAAAAUAUCCCUUCCUCUGAACUUAACUUAAAAAAAAAGAAGGGGAAAACUUCUGCCCCUCAUGUUGUUGAGGGAGAAUUAUCUUUUGUAACAUUGGACGAGAUUGGGGAAGAGGAAGAUGCAGCUGCCCACCUAGCACAAGCUCUAGUCACUGUGGAUGAAGUAAUUGAUGAAGAAGAAAUAAACAUGGAAGAAAUGGUAAAAAAUUCAAAUUCACUUCUUACGUUAGAUGAGUUAAUUGAUCAAGAUGAUUGCAUUACCCACAGUGAGCCUAAAGAUGUUACUGUACUGUCAGUGGCUGAAGAACAAGAUCUUCUCAAACAGGAACGCUUGGUAACUGUGGAUGAAAUUGGAGAAGUGGAAGAGCUACCUUUAACUGAGUCAGCAGACUUAAGUUUUGCCACUUUAAAUACUAAAGGAAAUGAGGGAAAUAUUGGAAGGGAUCCCAUUGGGUUCAUUUCUUCUCAGAUGCCUGAAGACCCUUCUACUUUAGUUACUGUAGAUGAAAUACAGGAUGACAGCAGUGAUCUGCACUUAGUAACUUUGGAUGAAGUGACUGAAGAGGAUGAAGACUCUCUGGCAGAUUUUAACAACCUUAAAGAAGAGCUUAAUUUUGUCACUGUUGAUGAAGUUGGAGAGGAAGAAGAUGGAGACAAUGAUUUAAAAGUUGAUUUAGCACAAAGCAAAAAUGACCAUUCCACAGAUAAAAGGGGGGAUAGAAAAAGGAGAGCUGUGGACACAAGGAAGACAAAACUUGAAGCCUUGUCUCAAGUAGGUUCAGUAAGUGAGAAUAUAAUGGAAGAAGAUCUGAAAACCAUGAUUGAAAGGCAUUUAGCAGCUAAAAUGCCAACCAAGAGAGUUAGAAUUGGGAAAACACCUCCACUGGAAAAAGCUGUUGCAGGAGAACCAGCGCAAGGUGAAGAGGCCUUCCAAAUUAGUGAAGUUGAUGAAGAAUCUGGCUUAAAGGAUUCAGAACCAGAAGGAAAACGCAAGAGAAUUGAGGACUGUUUAGGGAAAUCAGUGGCAGAAGAUAUCCCUGAAGAUUUAGACUUUCUUGUACCGAAAGCUGGAUUUUUCUGUCCAAUUUGUUCCCUCUUCUACUCGGGUGAAAAGGCAAUGACAAAUCACUGCAAGAGCACACGUCAUAAGCAAAAUACAGAGAAGUUCAUGGCCAAGCAAAAAAAGGAAAAGGAGCAGAAUGAGUUUGAAGAAAGAAGCUCUAGGUGAUUGAGGGAAAGGGAAAAGAAUUCAUUAGAAAUUCAUUUAGGGUCCAGUUGAUUUGUGUAUUUUUGUUAUCACUUAAUUUGUAAUUUUUGUUUAAGAAGCAAAUAUUCAUGUUGUACAAAUUUCUGAUUGCCCUUGAUGUAGAGAGACUGAUGGGGAAAGUAUGAUGGGUUUGAUUUUUAUAUCAAAUCAUCAGGCAUGGAGAAAUAUCUUUUAGAAGUGUUAAAAUAAAUGUUCCUACUGUAUAUUUAAAAUACCAUCUUGUGUUUAUGGCUGAUUUAUUAAAGAUUUGCUUGCCUCUGAUUGCA